ACACUUUAAUUUGCAGUAAUUGGGAUUUAGGGCAUUGCCGCUCCACCCAUAUUCCUUGUGUUCUUCUCCAAUUAUAAUCGGAUUCCGCCAAAUUGACAGAGCGCGAAGUUAAUGAUUGACGAAAUUUGAACGGAUUUGAGCGAUUUUUUCAAUAUGUGCACGUGCUGUGGAUGUAUGUACGUGUUUGUGCUUUGAAGAAGGAAAUGGCGAAGUUGGGGAUGCCGAGAUGGGGGACGGUGCUGAUCCUGAGACGUUUGCUGCUUUGCGCCAUUGUUAUGAUUGCCAUAACUGCGCUCCUUUCGGUACAUGUUCAAGAGGUUUCCAAACUGCCUGCCAACGCUGCGCGCAAACUGCCCAUGCAACAUGAAUCUGAGUACCAAAAACUGAGCACAGAGAGAAGCUAUCCACACGAGCUCGCUGCUCGUUCUCAUUUGCUUAAAGCUCCUUUCAUUCGUCAAAAGUUAGAUGGUGCAAGAAGAAAAUUAGAUUUGGAUCUGUGGAAGCCGCCCCCUAAUAGAGGCUAUGUUCCGUGCACUAAACCAGGUUCGCCAUACAAAGCUCCUUCAGAAUCUCGGGGUUACUUGCUGGUGCAUACAAAUGGUGGCCUUAAUCAGAUGAGAGCAGGGAUAUGUGAUAUGGUUGCUGUUGCACGCAUUAUCAAUGGUACGUUAGUGAUUCCAGAGUUGGAUAAACGAUCUUUUUGGCAUGAUUCCAGCAACUUCUCUGACGUCUUUGACGAAAAUCAUUUUAUCAAUUCUUUGAAGGAUGAUAUAAAUAUUGUUAAAAAACUUCCCAAGGAACUGUCGUCUGUUCCAAAGGCAGUAAAGCAUUUCACAAGCUGGUCGGGUAUGGAUUACUAUGAGAAAGAGAUAGCGGCUAUGUGGGAAGAAUUUCAGGUGAUUCGAGCAGCAAAAUCUGAUUCUCGGUUAGCAAACAAUAACCUGCCUCUCGAUAUUCAGAAGUUGCGAUGCCGUGCUUGCUAUGAAGCCCUUCGAUUUGCACCUCAAAUUGAGAAAAUGGGAAAGUUGUUGGUGGAUCGAAUGAGGUCACACGGCCAUUACAUUGCAUUGCAUUUACGGUUCGAAAAGGACAUGCUUGCCUUCAGUGGUUGUACCCAAGAUUUAUCUCCAGAAGAAGCUGACGAGCUAAAAGCAAUCAGAGAGAACACAAUAUGGUGGAAAGUGAAAGACAUUGACCCUUUAGAACAGAGAGCUCGCGGAUAUUGUCCGCUCACACCAAAGGAGGUCGGAAUAUUCCUUCAGGCUCUUGGUUUUCCAUCAAGUACCCCAAUUUAUAUUGCUGCCGGAGAGAUCUAUGGGGGUGAAUCGCAUAUGGCUGAUUUGCAGAUGCGGUAUCCAAUAUUAAUGAACAAGGAAAAGUUGGCAUCGACCGAGGAACUCGCACCUUUCGUCAGUCAUGCAUCACAAAUGGCUGCACUUGACUAUAUCGUUUCAGUUGAAAGCGAUAUAUUCAUCCCAACAUACUCUGGCAACAUGGCAAUGGCAGUCGAGGGCCAUCGUCGUUUUCUUGGGCAUAGGAAGACCAUUUCGCCAGACAGGAAAGGCCUCGUCCGAUUGUUUGAUAAAAUUGCAAUCGGGACAUUGAAAGAAGGAAAAAAUCUCUCCCUCAGAGUCGUCGCCAUGCAUAAAAGAAGGCAAGGAUCCCCGAGGAAAAGAAAAGGUCCAGUCCCAGGUACAAAGGGAAAGGACAGAUUCCGAUCAGAAGAGGCGUUUUAUGUUAAUCCUUUACCCGAGUGUUUAUGUCAAAACAACGGAUCUGCACUCAGCAACAACAACAGAAGCUCUGUUGCAGUGUCUGUAUAGCUGAAAUGUGUUUGAGCCGAGUGGUCGACAAUCGGGUGCAUAUUGGCAACAACUUCUUUUACGACGAGGGGUGCUCUGACCGAGCGAUGAAAUUCAAUGGAGCAAAAGCUAACUUGCCGGUGGAAUUGGAUUCGAUAUGAACCUGAACUGAUUUGUUUUGUUUUGUUUGGUAGAAACUGGAGGAGAGAAAGGAAGCCUAUCCGACUCUGGAAUGACUGAUGCUAUUGCUGGGGAAAGGUUUUUUGAGUCUCCUUGGCUGAAGAAAACAGGCACUCUGUUUUUGGGGUGAUCCGAACUCAUUUGGGAUCUCAGUCUGUACCUAAUGCAAUGUGAGUAUCCUUUCUUCUGAGGAGUAAAAAGAUUAAUUUUUUUAAUUUUUAAUUUUUAAUUUUUCAA